UGAGACGUGUAGUGUGAGUGAGGCAGUCAAGCAUUGCUCAGUGCUCGCUGUUUAGUGAUCCUGUGUGUCAGCUACAGGAUGGUUACACUCAGCAACUAUGUGGCUGUGUUCCUCGCUCUCUGUCUUAUACAGACUGUAGUCACAUCUCCUCCUAGUGAGGGCAAAGAGAUAGCCAAUAGGCUUGGAGAUGAUCUGUCUUUUGCUUCAAAGCAGUUGAUCCGUGGAUUCACAGCCAUUUUCGCUCCAAUAUUUGACACGUUACAAAGACCACCAGGUGGGCUUUCCAAGGCUAUCCCCAUCCCGGGAGGAAGCAAUGCAGGGAUAGACAAAGCAGCUGAGAAUUUCAGGAGGGUGUUGCUGAGGGAUGGUGUGAAUGCCAUUGGCAAGGGAGUCAAGGCCGGAGCCACCAUCAUCUCCACCCCUGCCAGAGUGGCUGGGACAGGGCUGGAGGAGGCGAUCAAGGUCAGUGAAGCAGCUGGUAUCAGUCCCAGGAAAGGAGCAAACUCCAUCAAGUACAAAACAUCACAAGUUCCUCCAGGAAAUAUACAAUCCAAUAUUGAAGACGGAACAAAAAUAGCGUCAACUCUUCUAAACACUACUGCAUCUGAAUUUUCCCAGGCUAAUCUAGGCGCUGUUCUGGUUGAAGUAGCUUUAAAAAACCGAAUCAAAGACAUUGGAAAUAAAACAGCAAAUGCGGUUCAGUCUAGAGCAGGACCCAGGGUUGAAGCAAAAGAGAUUAAUAAAAGGGAAGAUCCUGAUAGUUCUUCAAACAAGGGAGAUCAACCGCCUGCACCAUCCAGAGUCGACGAUCUGCUUGAAAGGUUUAAUGAAGCUGUUAGACAAAAUGACGAACGUGUUUUAACUGCUUUGAGAGGUAUUCUUGCCCAAAUUAACCCACCAAAGAAUUAGUAUUUAUUUUAACGAAAUUUUAUUAUUUUUUUAUUCUUUUACAUACUUAAUUUGAUACAUAAUUCAUUUGAUGAUUACGUGUUGUGACUUACAAACUUCGAAGUUCCUAUGCCGACUGAAAUGUUAUAGCUUUUUCAAUAUUACAUUAUAAAAUCAUCCAUUACUCAUUUUGAUUUUCAAAUAACUAAUUAUUAGUUUUAAUCACUUAUGCUGCGCGAGGUUUAGUGGUUACAACCCUUUAUGAUUCAGUUUUACAUUAAGGUAAUGGCAAUAAUUUCGUACUGUAAGUCUUGGUAUGUAUAUUUAAUAACAAUUACAGUAUAUAAUGUCUAACUAUAAUUUACUUUUUGUUAAUUAUCGUAGGCUGCAAAGUACAAAGUAUUAGUUUGGUUGUGAUUAAAAUAGUAUAAUUUUACUCGAAUGAAAAAAAUCCGUUGAAGGUUACAAAGUAUGUUUACAAUUUUAGAAUGUCAUUAAAUCAUUGUUUAGUUUGUUA